GUUGCCUGGCUGGCUUUUGCCUAUGUGUUCUCGUUUGCCGGCGCCCUGGUCUUCGCCCGCCGCCAGAGGAGGCAGUUCCACGAGUUCGACGAGACACACACGACACAGUCCGACUACGCGGCGCUCGUCACGAUGACGCCAACGACGCCAUCGGCCUCGACCUCAACUAGUGUCCUCGCACUCCACGGGGACAUGAGGCUGGAGGAGUCGCUGAAGACGUGCAUCGCCGAUGCCACUGGCGAGCCCCUGGUGGGCGUGUCCGUCUGUUGGGACUUCCACCACCACGAGCACGCGGUGCGCACCGCCCUCGAGGCAGACGUGGGGUCCACGAACCACUCGAGCGGCAUCGACCGGGCGCACCGGUCGAGCCUGAGGAGCGGCAGGUCCCUCGAGCUGCUGGCCGAG